GGCAUUCGCCAUUCGCGGGUUUUCGAUUUUGGACACGAUUUGCCAGAGUUAAAAACGAACCUCAACGACAAUAUGGAUUUCGAAGAAUCAUUCAUUAACGCUCAGGAUUUUGACAGCCUCGUCCAAGUGGAACAGGCACAGGAGAUGAAAGAGAGCACUACGACGACUCCGCCUCCAGUGGCCAACAAACGGGGACGCAAGCCAGGAAAGAAGUCCAGUGACAAAGUGGACAUCAGAGCCAAGCUAGAGAGGAGCCGGCAAAGCGCCCGGGAGUGUCGGGCAAGAAAAAAGUUACGCUACCAAUAUUUGGAGGAGUUGGUGACAGACCGCGAAAAAGCUGUUGUAGCGCUGCGACAGGAACUGGAUAAAUACAGAAUGUGGUGCAGUGAGGUUGAUGAAGGCAGGAUUCCAGAAGGUUUGCCAGGGCUCUUGGACGAAUUGGGCGCUGUAAAACAAGAAUCUGCAGGUGGUGUACUUAUCAUGUAACAUUUUAUUAUUAUUUUUUAUUGUUUGUGCCAUUGUUUCCAUUACAUAAUAUAGGUUUGUUAAUUUUUUUUUAAAGAUUUUCAAUGUAUUAUGUUUAAAUGUAUAUUAUUACAAGUAUAUGAUAUUGUUUUGUUUACAAAUAUUUGAUAUUAACUAAUAAAAUAUGAUUUACUCAUUCA